UCCAACCUGGUUCACACUGCAGAAGAAACACACAUCUCUGCCCCUUCCCCCCUGCUGGACUUGCCUUGCUGCAACAUAGCUAAACAACCAGCCUGCACACACAGACAAGAGGGUGAGAACAGUCAUGCCAACAGAUGAGCAAGCAACAGAGCAUAACCAAACAAAACAGAAAGCCAGACAAAACAAGCAAUCCUACAAUCAACAAAUAAAGAAAAUAAUACCUAGAUGUCUUGGAGACAGCAGACAAUAUCAAAACGUUUAAAAAAAAAAAGUAUGGCUAUAGUAAGUGAACAGACUGAAGCACCAGUUGACCUUCUGGCAGAAGAAAAGGCACUGGAACUACCUUUUAGGGAAUUCAAAAGUGUAAUACUCAGAGCUCUCUGAGAGAUUAUGAAAGCAGUCAACAAAAACGUAGACAGAAUCAUGGAAAACAAACAAAACCAACCAAAGCAUAGCCAAAAUCAAGGAAAACACAGACAAAACAAUAGAACUCAGGAAAAUAAUACAAAACCAAAACAUCAAAAUAAAUAAAUAAUUAGAAAUCAUACAAAAAUAGCAAUUAGAAAUCCAAAGCAUAAACAACAAAAUUUCAGAAAUAGAUGACGCAAUACAAGAUUUCAGGAGCAAAUUUGAAACGAUGGAAGACAGAAUCAGCAAAAUUGGAGUCAAAUCCGUGGCUCCUACUUUGAGGAAAAAUCAGAGAAAGAAUGAAGAAAACCUAAGAACUGUGUGGGAUACAAUCAAGAGCAAAAAAAUUGUGCCUAAUCAGAGUUUCAGAACAGGGAGAAAAUAGAAAACACAGAGAGGGUCAUUGAAGACUUGCUGAAAGAAAACUUCUCAAAUAUCAAGCAAGUUGAAAAUAUGACCACGAAGCUCAGUGAACCCCAUAUAGGAUAGACCCGAAAAGAAAAUCAUCAAGACAUAUCAACAUCACACUCACCAAAACCGAAGACAAAGAAUCCUGAGAGCAGCUCAAGAGAAAAUGAAAAGUCGCAUACAAAGGGGAAGCAAUAAGACUAAGCUGUGAUUACGCGGCAGAAACCAUGCAGGCAAGAAGGCAAUGGGAUGAUAUAUAUAUAAAACCGUGAAGGAAAAAAAUUUCCAACUAAGAAUAGCAUAUCUUGCAAAACUCUCUCUCAAAUAUGGCAAAAUUAUGACAUUUCCAGAUAAACAGAAAUUAGGGGGAUUUGUAAAAGCCAAACCAAACUUAAAAGAAUUAUUAACGGGAGUCCUUCAGUUAGAGAACCAACAACAUCAGACAACAACAUGAAUCUAAGGUACCGGUCAGCAUCAGCCAAAUACCUAGUUAAUGAACUCUCAGGGAUAAAACAAAAUUAAAAGAUUCAAAACAGGGAACUGGAGAUGUCAAUCUGUAAAUGAGGGCAACCUCAGAACAAUAAAAGGGAGACUUUGGUAUAGGUUUAGAACUUCAAAUGGAAAGCAAGUCAAGGCGAUAUCAAGUUAAUAAAAGACUGGCUCAAACUUCAAACUUUGGGAGAUAAGGGGAAAUUUCAAGGUAACCACAAAGAAAGUUGACAAAUCUACUCAUCAAAAUAAAGAAGAAAAACAAAAAAUAAACGCAAAAUCUACACUGAUGAAAAACAACAAAAAGAAAUUUCAUAAACAAAAGGAACUCACCACAGGAGAGUAAGAGGAACAAAGAAAAUGUCAGCACCACAAAAAAAAAAAACUACAAAAUGACAGCAAUAAACUUAUACCUGUGAUAAUUCUACUGAAUGUAAAUAGCUUAAAUGCACCCAUAAAGAGACAGAGAGUGACAGAAUGGAUUUAAAAAAAAAAAAAAAAAGACCCAUCCAUGUGCUGUCUACAACUGACACACCUUAGAAACAAAGAAAUAAAUAUAAUAAAAAUAAAAGGGUGGAAAAAAAUAUAUCAAGCAAACAGCAACCAAAAAAGAGCAGGAGUGGCAGUACUAAUCUCAGGUAAAAUAGACUUUAAGGAAAAAAAAAAAAAUCUAGCAUAAAAGAGAAGGAAUGGCAUUAUAUAAUGAUUGUAAUGGAUUGAAUUGUGUCCCCCCAAAAUAUCUGUCAGCUUGGCUAGGUCAUGAUUCUCUUAUAUGAUUGUAUGAUUGUCUACCAUUUUAUCAUCUGAUGUGAUUUCCAUGUGUGUUGUAAAUCUCAUCACUGUGGUGUAAUGAGAUGGAUUAGCAGCAGUUAUAUUGAUGAGGUUGACAAGAUUAGAUAGUGUCUUAAGCCAAUCUCUUUGAGUUAUAAAAGAGAGAAGCGAGCAGAGAGACAUGGGGACCUCAUACCACCAAGAAAGCAGUGCCGGGAGCAGAGCACAUCGUUCAGACCUGAGGUUCUUGCACUGAGAUGCUCACAGACCAAGGAGAGACUGAUGACAAGGACCUUCCUCCAGAGCCAACAGAGACAGAAAGCCUUUCCCUGGAUCCAGGACCCUGAAUUUGGACUACUGGACUGUGAGAGAAUAAAUUUCUCUUUGUUAAAGCCAUCCACUUGUGGUAUUUCUGCUAUAGCAGCACUAGAUGACUAAGACAAUGAUUAAUGGGACAAUCCCCACCAGGAUGAUAUAACCAUAGUAAAUAUCUAUGUACCUAAUGACAGGCCUCCAAAAUACAUAAAACAAACUCUAAUAGCACUGAAAAGAGAAAUUGACAGUUCCACGAUAAUACAAGGAGACUUCAACAAACCACUCUCAGUAAAGGACAGAACAUCUAGAAAGAAACUCAGCAAACAAACAGAAGAUCUUAGGACACAGUCAGUCAUCUUGACCUCAUAGGCAUAUACAGAUCACUCCACCCAACAGCAGCAAAGUACACAUUCUUUUCCAACGUACAUGGAACAUUCUCCAGAAUGGACCACAUCUUAGGCCAUAAAACAACCCUCAACAAAAUCCAAAACAAUAAGGUAAUACAAAGCAUCUUCUCUGAUCACAGCGUGAUAAAAGUGGAAAUUAAUAACAGGAAGAGCAAAUAAAAAAAUCAGAUAUAAGGAAACUGAAUAAGAGCUUCCUAAAAAACCGCUGGGUAACAGACAAAAUCAGAGGUGGAAUAAAAAUUUCUAGAAUCAAAUGAAAAUGAAAACACAUCAUACCAAAACCUUUGGGACACAGCAAAGGCAGUGCUCAGAGGUCAAUUUAUAGCAAUAGGCAUAGACAUCAAAAAAGAAAAAGGGACAAAAUCAAAACAUCAGCCCUAGUAACUUGAACAAAUGGAAAGAGAACAGCAAAAGAAGCCCACAGCCACCACAAGAAAGGAAAUAAUAAAGAACAGAGCAAAAAUACAUGAAAUAGAGAAUAGGAAAACAAUAGAAAUAACCAACAAAACCAAAAGUUGGUUCUUUGAAAGGAUUAACAAAAUCAACAAACCAAUGGCCAAAUUAUAGAAGAAAAACAGGAGAGGAGGGAAAUAACCUAAAUAAGGAAUGAAAUGGGAGACAUUACAACAGACUGAACUGAAAUAAAAUAGAUCAUAACAGAGUACUAUGAAAAACUGUACUCCAACAAAUUUGAAAACCUGGAGGAAAUGGACAGAUUUAUAGAAACACAUUACCAACCUAAACUAACACAAACUGAGGUCAAAAAUCUGAACAGACUUUAACAAGAGAAGGUUGAAAAGGUAAUAAACUCCAAACAAGAAAAAGUCCUGGCCCAGAUGGCUUCACUGGAGAAUUCUACCAAACAUAAAGAGAAGAGCUUGCACCAGUACUACUCAGACUAUUUCAGAACAAAGAAAAGAAAAGGAUACUUCCGAAUUCAUUCUAUGAAGCCAGCAUAACCCUGAUUCCAAAACGAAAUAAAGACACCAUAAAAAAAAGAAAAUUAGAGACCAAUAUUUCUCAUGAAUAUAGAUGUAAAAAUUCCCAACAAAAUUCUAGCCAAUAGAAUUCAGCACCCUAUAAGAAAAAAUACACCACAACCAAGUGGGAUUCAUAUCAGGUAUACAAGGAUGGUUCAACAUUGGAAAAUCAACAUAAUUCACCACCUGUUGUUGUGUGCCGGCGAUUCGAUUCGAUUCCAACUCAUGGUGACCCUAUAGGACAGAGUAGAACCGCCCCAUAGAGUUUCAGAGGAGCAGCUGGUGGAUUUGAACUGCUGACCUUUUGGUUACCAGCCAAGCUCUUAACCACUUCGCCACCAGGGAGAGAAGACUCACAUGAUCAUCUCAAUCAACACAGAAAAGGCAUUCAAUAAAGUCCAACACUAAUCCCUAAUAAACACUCUCAAUAAGACACAAAUAGAAGGAAAAGUCCUCAACAUAAUAAAGGGCAUCUAUACAAAACCAACAACUAACAUCAUUCUCAAUGGAGAAAGGCUGAAAAUAUCCCCCCUGAGAACAGGAACAAGACAAGGAAACCCUUUAUCACCACUCCUAUUUAACAUUGUACUGGAAGUCCUAACUAUAGCAAUAAGGCAAGAAAAAGAAAUAAAGGACAUCCAAAUUGGUAAGAAGAAGUAAAACUAUCCCUAUUCACGGAUGAUAUGAUACUGUGAUGGUUAAGAUUGUAUGUCAACUUGGCUGGGCCAUGAUUUUCAGUGUUUUGGCAGUUGUAUAAUGGGAUUAGUUCCCUGUCGAAAUUUGAUAUGUGAUCACCCCCUUGAUGGAAUCUGCUAAGUGGUACCGGCAGGGGCAGGGCCUGUGGAGGCUGACUGCCCCCUCAGCCUUCAUCUCUCUGCCCUCCACCACCUCCUUCCUUCCUGCUCACCUUGCCAAGGCUUUUGGCUUGCUCUGGAUUCAGCAGCUGCCUCUUGUCAUCUGACCUCCAGUUCUUGUGACUUGAACUAGCAGCUUACAUAUCGAUACUGGGAUUCAUAGAUCUUCACAGCCUGCAAGCAAGAGUCCUGCUCCCCGACCUGCCCAUUUGGGGUUUGCCAGCCCCUGCAGCUAUAGGAAUCGGGAGAAACCUUGUGAUCUUGCCUGCCGAUUUUGGGAUUCUUCUAUCUUAACAGCCUGUGGGCAGGAGCCUUGCUCUCUGACCUGCGAAUCUAGGGUUCACCAGCUUUCGCAGCUCCAUGAAUUGGGAGAGUCCUCUGUCCUGAUCCACAGACUUGGGACAUUCCAGCCUCUACAAUCGUAUGAGCCGUUUCCUUGAUAUAAACCUGUAUAUAUUUUUACGCUUUACUGGUUUUGCUUCUCUAGAGAAACCAGCCUAAGACAGAUAUUAUACAUAGAGAACCCUAAAGAAUCCAGAAGAAGACUACUGGAACUAAUAGAAAGAUUCAGCAGAGUACCAGGAUACAAGAUAAACAUAUAAAAAUCAGUUGGAUUCCUAUACAUCAGUGAAGAGAACUACAAAUAGGAAAUCAGUAAAACAAUACCAUUUAUAAUAGUCCCUAAAAAAAUAGAAUAUUUAGGAAUAAAUCUAACCAGGAAUGUAAAAAAAAAAAAAACUGUACAAAGAAAACUACAAAACACUGCUGCGAGAAACCAAAAGUGACAUACAUAAAUGGAAAAACAUACCAUGCUCAUGGAUAGGUAGACUCAGCAUUGUGAAAAUGUUGAUUCUACCCAAAGCAGUAUACAAAUACGGUGCAAUCCCGGUCCAAAUACCAACAGCAUUCUAUAAAGAGAUGGAAAAAUCAAUCAUUAACUUUAUAUGGAAAGGAAAGAGGCCCUGGCUAAGUAAAUUAUUGAAGAAGAAGAAAGUAGGAGGCCUAGCACUACCUGACCUCAAAACCUGCUAUACAGCAACAGUAGUCAAAACAGCCUGGUACUAGUACAAUGAAAACAUAUUGGCCAAUGGUACAGAAUUGAGAACCCUGAUAUAAAUCCAUCUACCUAUAGCCACGUGAUCUUCGACAAAGGCCCAAAGUCCAUUAAGUGGGAAAAGACCAUCUUUUUAACAAAAAACCCACCACUGCCGUCGAGUCAAGAUGCUGGCAAAAUGGGAUGUUCACCUGUAAAAACAAAAAUGAAACAGGACCCAUAACUCACACCAUACACAAAAACUAAUUGAAAAUGGAACAAAGACCUAAAUAUAAAACCAAAAACUAUAAAAAUCAUGGAAGAAAAAAUAGGGUAAACACUAGGGGCCGUAAUAUACAACAUAAACAGGAUACAAAUCAUGAUUAACUAUACAUAAACACCAGGAGAUAAGCUAGAUAGAUGAGAUCUUCUAAAAAUUAAAACUUGUGCUCAGCAGAAGACUUCACCAGAAGAGUAAGAGAACCUACUGACUGUAGGUUUUUGAGUACAGCGUAUCCGACAAAGGUCUAAUCUCUAUAAUCUACAGGAAAAUUCAACACCUCUACAAUAGAAGGACAAAUGAUCCAGUUAAAAAAUGGGCAAAAAGAUGUAAACAAACACUUCACCAAAGGAGACAUUCAGGCUCUAACAGACACAUGAGGAAAUGCCCGCAAACACUGACCAUUACAAAACCAAACCCGUUGCCAUCGAGUUGAUUCUGACUAAUAGCAACCCUAUAUCACAGAGUAGAACUGCCCCAUAGGGUUUCCAAGGAGUGCCUGGUGGAUUUGAACUGCUGACCUUUUGGUUAGCCACUGAUCUCUUAACCACUACACCACUAGGGUUUUCUGCUAGCCAUUAGAGAAAUCCAAAUCAAAACUCCAGUGAGAUACCAUCUCACCCGGACACAACUGGCAUGAAUCAAAAAACAGAAAAUAACAAAUGUGGGAAGGACUGUGGGGAGAUUGGAACUCUUAUACACUGCUGGUGGAAAUGUGAAAUGGUACAACCAGUUUGGAAAACGAUAUGGCUCUUAAAAAGCUAGAAAUAGAAAUACCAUACAAUCCAGCAAUCCUACUCCUAGGAAAAUAACCUAGAGAAAUAAGAGCCAUCAUGUGAAUAGACAUUUGCAUAACCAUGUUCACUGCAGCAUUAUUCACAGUAGCAAAAAGAUGGAAACAACCUAAGUGCCCAUCAGCAGAUGACUGGAUGAACAAACUAUGGCACAUAUACACAGUGGAAUACCACACAGCUAUAAAGAACAAUGAUGAAUCUGUGGAAUAUCUUACAACAUGGAUGAAUCUAGAAGACAUUAUGAUGAGUGAAACAAGUCAAUCACAAAUGGACAAAUAGUGUAUGAGACUACAUUUAUAAAAAUAUGUGAAAAUGUUUCCACACAGAAAGAAAAAAACUUUGAUGGUUAUGAGAGAGAGCAGGGGUGGGGAGGAAAAAACACUAACUAGACAGUAGAUUGGUAGUAACUUUGGUGAAGGGUAAGACAGUACACAAUACUGGGGAAGUCAGCACAGUGUAACCAGGGCAAAGUCAUAGAAGCUUCACAGACACAUCAAAACUCCCUGAGGGACUGAGAUACUGGGAUGAGGGCUGGGGACCAUAGUCUCGGGGGAUAUCUCACUCAAUUGGCAUAACAUAGUCUAUAAAGAAAAUGUUCUACAUCUGACUGUGGUAAGUAAUAACUGGGGUCUUAAAAGCCUGCAAGUGGCCAUCUAAAAUACACCUACUGGUCCCAUCCUGGCUGGAGUAAAGAAUGAAGAAAACCAAAAACACAAGGGAAAGAUUAGUCCAAAGGACUAAUGGACCACAACUACCACAAUCUCUGCCAGACUGAGCCCAGGACAGUUAGAUGGUUCCCGGUUAACACCACCACCUGUCUGGCAGGGAUCACAAUAGAGGGUCCCGAACAGAGUGGGAGAAAAACGUAGAACAAAUUUCAAAUGCACAACAGAGUGGGAGAAAAACAUAGAACAAAUUUCAAAUACACACACACAGAGACCAGACUUCACUGGUUGUGCUGACUGUAGGAACCCUGAGAAUAUGGCUCCUGGCCCCCCUUUUAACUCAGUACUGAAGUCACUCCUGAGGUUCACUCUUCAUCCAAAGAUUAGACAGGUCUAUAGGGCCAACAACAGCACAUGUGAGAAACGUGUUUCAUAGUUCAAUCAUGUAUACAAGACUGACAGGCACACCAGCCCAAAAGCAAAGAUGAGAAGGCAGAAAGGAACAGGAAAACUAGACAAAGGGAAACAGGCUUGACGGCACCUAACAACAACCUACACCAACUAUACAUAACAGACAUCUAUAGACAGUUCACCCAGCAACAGCAGAAUAUGUAUUCUUCCCACAUGCGCUUAAAGCAUUCUCCAAGAUAGACCAUAAAAUAAGUCUCAGUAAAUUCAAAAAGGAUAGAAAUAAUACAAAGUAUGUUCUAUGACCACAUUAGAACAAUGCCAGGAAGAAAUUUGAGAAAUUCACAAAUAUGUGGAAAUUAAAACAGCACACUCCUAAAUAACCAGUGGGUCAAAGAGGAAAUCACAGGGGAAAUUAGAAAAUACUUUGAGAUGAAUGACAAUGAAAACGUACCAAAACUUAUGAGGAGCAAUAUAAGCAGUGCUUAGAGGAAAUUUAAUAGCUGUAAAUGCCCAUAUUAAAAAAGAAGAUCUCCCUAAAAUCAAUAAUCUAACCUCUUUUUUUUUUUUCCCACCUUAAGACACUGUAAAAAGAAGAGCAAACGAAACCUAAAACAAGCAUCAGGAAGGAAAUAAUAAAGAUUAAAGCAGGUAUUAAUGAAAUAGACUAGAAAAAUAGUAGAGAAAACAAAUAACUAAGCUGGUUCUUUGGAAGGAUCAAUAAAAUUGGCAAAUCUUUAAGAUUGACCGAGAAAAAAAGAGAGAAUACUUAAAUUGCUGUAAUUAUAAAUAAGGGAACAUUACUACUGACCUUGUUGUUAGGUGCCAUUGAGUUACUUCUGACUCAUAGCGACCUUGUGUACAACAGGACGGAACACUGCUGGGUCCUGCGCAGUUCUCACAAUCAUUGUUAUGCUUGAGCCUGUUGUUGCAGCCACUGUGUCAAUCAGUCUUGAUGAGGGUCUUCCUCUUUUUCACUGACGCUCCGCUUUACCAAGCAUGAUAUCCUUCUCCAGGGACUGGUCCCACCUGAUAACUUGUCCAAAGUAUGUGAGAUGAAGUCUCGCCAUCCUUGCUUCCGAGGAGCAUCCUGGCUGUACUUCUUCCAAGAUAGAUUUGUUUGUUCUUCUGGCAGUCUACGGUGUAUUCAGUAUUCUUUGCCAACACCUUAAUUCAAAGGCUGCUGCCUUCUCCCCUUAAGGAUGCAGUGGAAGUAUCAACCUGGAGAAGAUGCUAUUCAAUGCAAGAAGUGAAUUCGGCCCUUAGUAAAAUCCAGCUGGUGGGAUAUUCCCAGAAAAUUGAGCUUUUUGGUGCUGUCCAGGUGACUCCUCUAAGCUCUGGCUAUGCCCUUGGAAGUUCCAACUGGGUUAUCCAGUCGCAUUAUGAGAAAGUAUCUUACGUCUCUGGAUCAUCCUUGCUUACCACACACCCCCAGGUAUUGUAUGCUACCGAUUUGCUCACCUUGAAGACUAAGGUGCACCUGACCCAAGCCAUGGUAUUUUCAAUUGCAUCAUAUGCAUAUGGAAGCUGGACAAUGAAUAAGGAAGACCAAAGAAGAAUUGACACCUUCAAAUUGUGUUGGCGAAGAAUAUUGAAUACACCAUGGACUGCCAAAAGAAUGAACAAAUCUGUCUUAGAAGAAGUACAACCAGAAUGCUCCUCAGAAGCAAAGAUGGCGAGACUGCGUCUUCCAUACUUUGGACAUGUUGUCAGGAGGGAUCAGUCUCUGGAGAAGGACAUCAUGCUUGGCAGAGUACGGGGUCAGCGGAAAAGAGGAAGACCCUCAUCGACGUGGAUUGACACAGUGACUGCAACAAUGAACUCAGGCAUAAGAACAAUUCCCAUGGACCAGGCUUCUCUCAAAAACAGUGAUGUUCUCCUUCUGACGGGGCUCACCCAGAUUCCAACUGCAAACCCAGACGGCAUGGUAGGAGAGUUCUGUAGCAACCUAGCACUCACAGUCCGGAAUGGAGGUAACGUGUUGGUUCCCUGCUACCCUUCUGGAGUGAUCUAUGACCUCCUGGAAUGCCUGUAUCAAUACAUUGACUCAGCGGGCCUCUCCAAUGUCCCUUUUUACUUCAUCUCUCCUGUGGCUAACAGUUCGCUCGAGUUUUCCCAGAUUUUUGCUGAGUGGCUUUGUCACAACAAACAGACUAAAGUGUAUCUCCCAGAACCGCCUUUUCCUCAUGCAGAGCUCAUCCAGACCAAUAAGCUGAAGCACUACCCCAGCAUCCACGGAGACUUCAGCAACGAUUUCAGACAGCCGUGUGUGGUGUUCACUGGGCACCCUUCCCUCCGGUUUGGGGAUGUGGUCCACUUCCUGGAGCUCUGGGGAAAGUCUAGUCUCAACACUGUCAUAUUCACAGAACCUGACUUCUCCUAUCUGGACGCACUGGCUCCCUACCAGCCCUUGGCCAUGAAAUGCAUAUACUGCCCCAUUGAUACACGGCUGAAUUUCAUCCAAGUGUCAAAGUUGCUUAAAGAAGUUCAGCCCCUCCAUGUGGUGUGUCCUGAGCAGUAUACCCAGCCACCUCCAACGCAGUCCCACAGGAUGGACCUGAUGAUUGACUGCCAGCCUCCUGCCAUGUCCUAUCGCAGGGCUGAGGUUCUUGCCCUGCCCUUCAAACGUCGGUAUGAGAAGAUCGAAAUUAUGCCUGAGCUUGCAGAUUCUCUGGUGCCCAUGGAGAUUAAGCCUGGCAUUUCCUUGGCAACAGUUUCAGCUGUGCUGCAUACUAAAGAUAACAAGCACGUUCUUCAGCCCCCUCCAAGGUCCACCCAGCCCACAAGCGGUAAGAAGAGAAAGCGUGUAAGCGAUGACAUUCCAGACUGCAAAGUUUUGAAGCCUCUGUUGAGUGGCUCCAUUCCUGUGGAGCAGUUUGUGCAGACCUUGGAGAAGCAUGGUUUCAGUGAUAUUAAGGUGGAAGACACAGCCAAGGGCCAUAUUGUCCUGCUGCAGGAAGCAGAGACACUGAUCCAAAUUGAGGAAGAUUCAACUCAUAUCAUUUGUGACAAUGACGAGAUGCUCAGGGUGCGACUGCGGGAUCUCGUCCUCAAAUUUUUACAGAAGUUCUAAAUGGAGCAUCUGAGCCACUUCCACUUCUGUGAAAUCCUGCAGCCCAUCACAAUGGCUGCCCAGCACAAGUCAACUGAAGAAGGUGACAGAAAGCUGUUGGAUGUCUUUGUGAUAUCUCUGCUUAAGUAACGAAGAAGUGGCUCUUGAGUGAAAUAACCUGAAGUUACGACCACCAUCACCUGGCCUGGAUUCCUAGCACUAUUUCAGGCAAGAACUUUCCCUUUAACCUGAGACUCAUUUUCCUCCCACUUCUGGGUCUCUGGAGUAGCCAGGGUGGUCAUGCAAUAAGCUCUGAGGUGCAGCAUAAGUGACACAUACAGCUUUCCAAGAGUCUAAUAGUGGAAGGGAAGGUAAAAGAUGACUGACUGGUUUUCUUACAUGGCAUAUGUUUGCUUUUCAUAGUUUCUCAUGCCUCAGCUGGGGAACUAGUCUUUGAUUUUGUUUUAUUUACUUGCCAUCAGUGUUGGACUUAAAAAGAAAGAUGAUCCCAAUAAAUUAGGAAAAUGAAUCCAUCUAUCUGUAUUUUAUAUUGUAAGACCAUUUGGUUAAUAAAACUUAUUUUUUAUACAAGUAUCUGUACUGUUGAACAUAGUUUUUACAUUGAUUUAAUAUAUGAAAAUAUACAGAACAGCAUACACGUCAAAAAAAACCAUAGCAUUAAGUCAUAUAGCCUAGCACUGUUUCUAAAAACCAAAAUACGUUUUUUCUUGAAUUGUAUGAAAAGGUGCUUAACUUACGUGAGCUAUGUCUCUGAAAAACACUAACAUAAAUUUAUAACACCAGCCUCUAACUUAAGAGCUAACAACUAGCUCAGGCUCCACUAGUUGAUCUUUGCCCAUCACCAACUUUCCCACGCAUCAUCAGGAUUCUCUGCUAGGAGAGCAUUUAGCUCAGAUACCCCUGGACCCACUAGCAAUGAUAAGGUUUUAGAGAAAAAUAACUCCUCACAAAAAAUUACUGCACUUGACAUAAUGCUGCUCUGAGUUGUUUAAAACAGAUAUUUACCAGAUUACUUCUAUGAUAGUGUCAGUUGUAACAUAUGCCAGUAUUGCAGGUAUUAAAAUGUGGGGGAGAAAAGGGGAGGCCAAGUCUCAACUGAUGAACUAUGGUAACAGGCCCAGCUCAGCCUAGUGUUCUCACCAUCUUUUUAGACUGGUUGAAAUUCAGUCUUUAGUCCACCCUUCAAUUCUGCUAACAGUGGAGCAUCACAAAGGGAUUUAGUGGUCAAAGAACCACAUAAAAUUACUAUGGAACUAAAGUACAACCUUAAGUAUAACCCACCUGAAUUUAGAGACUAUCUCAAGAAUAGAUUUGAUACACUGAACACUAAUGACCAGAGGCCAGAUAAGUUGUGGGAGGACAUCAUACAUGAAGAAAGCAAAAAGUCAUUAAAAAGACAGAAUAAAGAAAAGGUUAAAGUGAACGGAAGAAAUGAUGAAGUAAAAAAGCUGAAGAAAAUUUCAAAGGGUGGCUGGAGAAGACAAAGUAUUAUAAUGAAAUGUACAAAGACCUGGAGUUAGAAAGCCAAGAGGAAAGAACAUGCUCAGCAUUUCUCAAGCUGAAAGAAUUGAAGAAAAAAAUUUAAUCCUCGAGUUGCAAUAUUCAAGGAUUCUAUGGGAAAAAUAUUGAAUGACGCAGGAAGCAUCAAAAGAAGAUGGAAAGAAUACAAAGUUACUGUACCAAAAAGAACUGUUGACAUUCAAAUGGGUGAUGUGAUACCAUAUGCUCAAGAACCAGUGGUCUUGAAGGAAGAAGUCAAGCUGCACUGAAGGCAUUGGUGGAAAAAAAGGCUCCAGGAAUUGACGGAACACAAGUUGAGAUGUCAACAAAUAGAUGCAACACUGGAAGAGCUCACUCAUCUGUGCCAAGAAAUCUGGAAGACAGCUACCUGGAGAGCUGAUUUGUGCCCAUACCAAAGAAAGGUGACCCAAGAGAAUGUGGAAAUUAUCGAACAAUAUAAUUAAUAUCACAUGCAAGUAAAAUUUUGCUGAAGAUAAUUCAAAAACAGCUGCAGCAGUACAUGGACAGGGAACUGCCAAAAAUUCAAGCCAGAUUCAGGAGAGGACAUGGAACGAAGGAUAUCACUGCUGAUGUCAGAUGGAUCUUGCCUGAAAGCAGAGAAUACCAGAAAGAUGUUUUACGUGUGUUUUGCUGACUAUGCAAAGGCACUGGAUUGUGUGGAUCGUAACAAAUUAUAGAUAACAUUGUGAAGAAUGAGAAUUCCAGAACACUUAAUUGUGCUCAUGAUGUCACCUUGAAGACUAAGGUGCGCCGAACCCAAACCAUGGUAUUUUCAAUCACCUCAUAUGUAUGCAAAAGCUGGACAAUGAAUAAGGAAGACCGAGGAAGAACUGAUGCCUUGAAUUAUGGUGUUGACAAAGAAUAUUGAAUAUACUAUGGACUGCAAGAAGAACGAACAGCUCUAUCUUGGAAGAAGUACAACCAGAAUGCUCCUUAGAAGGGAAGAUGGCAAGACUUUGUCAUACUUACACUGGACAUGUUAUCAGGAGGGAACAGUCCCUGGAGAAGGACAUCAUGCUUGGUCAAGUAGAGGGUCAGUGAAAAAGAGGAAGAGAAGACCCUCGACAAGAUGGAUUGACACAGUGGCUUUGACAAUGGGCUGAAACAUAGCAAUAAUUGGGAGGAUGCCACAGGACCGGGCAGUGUUUCACUCUGUUGUACACAGGGUCACCAUCAGUCAGAACCGACUUGAUGGCACCUAACAAUACAGCAUAUAACUAAUUGCUAAAGUUUUAUGGAGAGUUGAUUGCCAGUUCUCUCUCUUAGAAUGAUCUGUGAAUGGGAAUGAAUUCUUAGUUGUUCUUCAUUAGGGAUGCAAAAGGCAGCUUCCUUUUUGCCAUCUCCAACUUUGCCAGACUUGGACACAGGAAUGCUUAAGCAGGUCUCUUUGGAUAUGUCUGAAUUACAAGACCCAACAGUAGGAAAAAGACUGACUUUACAAGAAAUUGACAUGCCAUGUCUAUGAAGAUUUUUUGUUUUUAGGAGGAGGGGAAUUACAACUAUGCAUCACAUGUAGGUAUGCUCCCUAAUAAAACUUUCGAGAGAAUUAAAUUUUGUUUUAAUUUUAACAUUUUGAAAAAUGCUGAGGCACUAUAAAGCUCAAAAGAAAUCAAAUGGUCAUUUUAUUUCAAUGUUCUCCUAAUGAUCUGUCUAGGAGUAACUUGGACUUCUGAACGUUUGAUCUCUUAUUAAAGAGCUUGAUGGAGGACCUAAGGCACUGAUCCCUUGCAGGAUGGUUUCUAAAGAGACAAAUAGUACAUAAAUACAAAUUAGUAAAUACCAGAUGGAUAGGGAAUAAUUUAGAGAUUAUGGAGAUUUUAAUGAAGUCAUCACCACCCACUUGAGAGCAGUUAUCAAUAAGUCUACUUGAAGUUCAGAUAUUUGGAUACCAAUCCAGGUUAGUUAGUAGUAGAACCAGGAGAAACAGCAGAACCUUCCCUUUGACAACUGUAGCUAUACCACUGAUGGAUGGCGCUGUCAUUGGAAAUGCAGCCCACUGGCUUCUGACACCAACCUGAUGAAGAGCAUGACAUCUAGAAAAAGUUCUACUCAAUGCCAACAAAAUCCUAAUGACUAAGUAGUAACUGAAAAGCCAUUAAAGAUUAGUGAGGAGUACCCUAAUUUUAUUUGUCUAUGUAGUCGGAAUCGACUCAACGGCACUGGGAGUGGUAGUGCUGUAUUAAGUAUCUAUUGUUGCAUAACAAAUUACUCCAAAACUUAAUGGCUUAAAACAACUGUUUUAUCAUUUCAUCGUUUUUGUGGGUUGCAAAUCUGGUGUGGCUUAGCUAGAUCCUCCUAGCUCAGGAUCAUAUUUCCACAAGGCUGCAAUCAAGGUGUUGAAUGAGGAACUGAGAUACAGAGGUUAAGUAACUCCCAAAGAUACAUAGCCAAUAAGUGGCUUCUGCCUUACCAUGAACAUCACAUGUGAGUAUUACAGAUCAGGAGCUGCCCAGGAAGAGGAUCUGUGCCUGUUUCUUAGUCCAUUUAUUUUCUUCUAAAAGUAGUAAAUAUUUUUCUCCUUGAUUCUGGGAGAGCUAAAGCUUUUGGCCCUCAUGGUUGUCCCAUUCAGGAUUCUGCUUUUUCAAACUAUAGUAAAGUGGAAACAGAAACAAGAGCAAAAAACCUCCAAGCCUGUAUGAUGAUACAUUAAUAUGACCCAAACAGGCUGGUGGGUAGGAAAGUGGGAGACUUCUUUUCUCUGGCCCUGAGACCAGCCAUGUCGAGAACUGAAUGCCAUUUCAUUUCAUGCUACACUGUAGGAAGGUAGGUAACGUCUGAUUUUUUCAGAUUCACUGCAUCAGAGUUACAGGUAAAUAACCUUACUCUUCUUUGAACCUAAAAUAGGGUACAAAUAACCAACUCCAAUUCUGGAGAUAAGUAGUGUAGAACUGAGCCAAAAAUGUUCUAAUCUUGCUGGAGGCUAGAACCAGCAUCAAUCAUGACUUUAUUUUACCCAUAUUUUAUCAUUGGACAUGUAGAAUGUUUCUUUUAUCUCUUAUCUUGAUAUCUGAGGCCACUGGAAAAAAAAUGAAGAUGUAGCUCCUGAAUAAUAAUUCUUGUGUUAGUAGGAAUUACCCUUUACCCUUCUCUAGGAUAAACCACAGUAAUAAUUUCUAACCUAUUUAUAAGCCUUCCUGACAUAUAAAUAUGAAAUCAGUCACAAGUAAAAAGUAAUUUUAAUUUGUGUAAGAUAUAGUAAAACACAUUAUCAAAUGAAAUAGAAGUUCACUUUUUUAGAUUAUUCAAUAUAACUCUUUAGUAACUAAUUGCAAUGUUCACAUACUUCAAAAAUAAUGAACUUUGACUUAACACUCUUUUCCAAUCAUCAGUAAGCACCUUCCAAACAACACCCAUUAAGCGCUUACUAUAUUCUCUGCAUUGUGCAGCCUCUGAUGAUUUUAAUUCACCAGAGUAACAAACAAAACACAGGACAGCCCCCACAACAAAGAAUUACGCAGCCUAAUAUAUCAUUAGACGCCCUGAUGGCACAAACACUUAAGCACUCAGCUGCUAACUGAAAGAUUGGUGGUUCAAACCCACCAAGCAGCUUUGCAGGAUAAAGACCUAGUGAUCUGCUCCUGUAAAGAUUACAACCUAGAAAACCUUAUGGGGCAGUUCUCUUGUUAGACGGGGUUGCCAAGAGUCUGAAUCAACUCAAUGGCACCCAACAAGAAUAUCAAAAACAAAGGAGAAAAGAAUACUUCUAGACUCUUUUUAUGAGGCCAGCGUAUCCCUAACAUCAAAACCUGACAGAGACAUUACAGUAAAAGAAAACUAAAGGUAAAUAUCCUUCAUGAGCAUAGAUGCAAAAAUAUUUAAAAUAUUAGCAAACUGAACCCAGCAAUACCGGAUAAUAUGCCAUGAUCAAGUAGUUUGUCCCCAAAAUGCAGGGAUAAUUAAAUAAUUGAAAACCAAUUAGAAUAAUUCACUAUAAUAAUAAAGUAGAAACCUCUAUGAUCAUUACAAUAGAUGGAGAAAAAGCAUCUGACAAAAUUCAGCAUCUAAAAACUCAACAAACUAGGAAUAAAAGGGAACUCCACAAUCUGAUAAAAUGCACCUACAAAAAACCUACAGCUCAGUGAAAUAUUAAAGAUCAAAAUCGAGAACAAGGUAAGCAUGCUUAUCUACACUACUUCUAUUCAACAUUAUACUAGAAGUCCUAGUCCCUGCAAUAAGGGGAGGGGAAAAGGAUAUGAAAAACAAAGAUAAGAAAGAGGACUAAAAAAGUCUCUAUUUGCAGAUGACAAGAUUGUUUAUAUAGAAAAUCUUAAGAAAUCUACAAAACAACUAUAAUAAUUUAGCAAGAUUGCAGAAUACAGGGUUAAUAUAUAAAAAUUAACUUUUUUUGUACACCAGCAAAAACUGGAUAAUGUAGUUUUUUUAAAAGCAAUUCCUUUCAUAAUAGUGUAAAAAACAAAAUAGGCAUAAACUUAUCAAAAAAUUUUAGUGUAAGAUCUUCACACUAAAAAUCUGAAAACAUGGCUAACAAAGAAGACCUGAAUAAAUGGAAAAAUAUAUCAUGUUCACCAUCUUCACGGAUUAGAAGACUCAAUACAGGCAUACCUCAUUUUAUUGAGCUUUGCUUUAUUAUACUUCGCAGAUACUGCGUUUUUUACAAAUUGAAGGUUUGUGACAACCCUGCUUCAAGCAAGUUUGUUGGCACCAUUUUUCCAACAACAUGUCCUCACUUCAUGUCUCUAUGACAUUUUGGUAAUUCUUGCAAUAUUUCACAUUUUUUCAUCACAGGCCAAAAGCUAGGCCUCUUGCAUCGAACAGCCAAGUUGUAAAUGCAAAGGGAAAGUUCUUGCAGGAAAUUAAAAGUGCUGCUUCACUGAACACACGAAUGAUAAGAAAGCAAAACAGCCUUAUUGCUGAUAGGGAGAAAUUCUGAGUGGUCUGCAUAGAAGAUCAAGCCAGCCACAACAUCCCCUAAACCAAAGCUUAAUCCAGAGCAAGGCCCGAACUCUUUUCAAUUUUAUGAAGGCUGAGAGAGGUGAGGAAGCUGCAGAAGAAAAGUCUGAAGCUAGCAGAGGUUGGUUCAUGAGGUUUAAGGCAAGAAGCCGUCUCCAUAACAUGAAAGUGCAAGGUGAAGCAGCAAGUGCUGACGUAAAAGCCACAGCAAGUCAUCCCGAAGAUCUACCUAAGGUAACUGAUGAAGGGGGCCACACUAAACCACAGAUUCCCAGUGUGGGUGACGCAAUGCCAUACUGGAAAAAGAUGCCAUAGGACUUUCAUAGCUAGAGAGGAGGCAAUGCCCGGCUUCAAAGUUUCAAAGGACAGGCUGACUCCCUUGUUAGGGGCUAAUGCAGCUGGUGACUUUAAGUUGAAGCCAAUGCUCAUUUCCCAUUCCAAAAAUCCUAGGACUCUUAAGAAUUAUGCUAAGUCUACUCUGCCUGUGCUCUAUAAAUUGAACAACAAGGUCUGGAUGACAGCACAUCUGUUUACAGCAUGGUUUACUGAAUAUUUUAAGCCCACUGUUGAGACCUACUGCUCAGAAAAAAAGAUUCAAAAUAUUACUGACCAUUGACAGUACAAGAGCUCUGAUGGAGGUGUACAAGGAGAUUAAUAUUGUUCUCAUGCCUGCUAACACAGCAUCCGUUCUGCAGCCCAUGGAUCAAGGAGUAAUUUCAACUUUUACAUCAUGUUAUUUAAGAAAUACAUUUUGUAAGGCUAUAGCUGCCAUAGAUAAUGACUCUUCUGAUGGAUCUGGGCAAAGUAAAUUGAAAACCUUCUGGAAAGGAGUCACCAUUCUACAUGCCAUUAACAUUUGUGAUUCAUGGGAGGAGGUCAAAAUAAGGAGUGUGGAAGAAGUUGAUUCCAACCCUCAUGGAUGACUUUGAGGGAUUUAAGACUUCAGUGGAGGAAGCAACUGCAGAUAAUGGUGCAAAGAGUGAGAGAACUAGAAUUAGAAGUGGAGCCUGAAGAUGUGACUAAAUUGCUCCAACAAUAAAACUUUAACAGGUGAGGAGCUGUUUCUUAUGGAAGAGCAAAGAAAGUGGUUUCUUGAGAUGGAAUCUAAUGCUGCUGAAGACACUGUGAACAUUGUUGAAAUGACAACAAAGGAUUUAGACUAUUACAUAAACUUAAGUUGAUAGAGCAGCAGCAGGGUUUGAGAGGAUUGACUCCAAUUUUAAAAGCAGUUCUACUAUGGGUAAAAUUCUAUCAACCAGCAUCACAUGCUAUAGGGAAAUCUUUCAUGAAACAAAGAGUUGAUCUAUGCAGCAGACUUCAUUGUUGUCUUAUUUUAAGAAAUUGCCACAGCCACCCUAACCUUCAGCAACCACCACCCUGGUAUCAGUCAGCAGCCAUCAACAUUAAGGCAAGACCCUCCACCAGCAAAAAAUUCAUGACUCUCUGAAGGCUCAGAUGAUGGUUAGCAUUCUUUAGCAAUAUUUAAUUAAGGUAUGUACAUUUUUUUAGACAUAAUGCUACUGCACACUUAAUAGACUACAGUAUAGUGUAAACAUAACUUUAAUAUGCACUGGGAAAUCAAAAAGUUCAUGUGACUCACUUUAUUAUAGCAUUUGCUUUAUUGCAGCAGUCUGCAACCGAAACCACAGUAUCUCCAAAGUAUGCCUGUAUUGUUGAAAUUUCAGUUCUACCCAGUGAUCUACAAAUUCAAUACAAUCCCAGUCAAAAUCUCAGCAUUUUUAUUAAAAAACUGACAAACUGAUUCUAGAAUUCAUAUAGAAAUACUUAGCAACUAUAAUCGACUCGGCGGCAGUGGGUUUUUUUUUUUUUUGUGGAGCAACUGUAAUGUCCAAAGCAAUCUUAAGAAAGAUGAACAGAGUUGUAGAACUUAAACACUAUUUCAAGACUAACCAUAAAACUACAUGAAGACAGGGUAGUCCCAAGGACUGACAAAUCAGCAUAACAGAAAAGAGAGUUCAGAAAUAGACCCACACUUAUAAAGUCUUUUUAACAAAUGGUCCUGAAAUGACUAUUCAUAUAGAAAAAAAAAAAAACCUUAACUCCUGCCACACACAAGACACAAAUAUUAAUUGUAGAUGGGUUGCAGACCUAAAUAUAAAAGCUAACACCAUAAAGCUUUUAGUGAAAGAUAUAAGAGAAUAUCUUCAUGGCCUGGGAUAGGUACUGGUUUCUUAGGUUACAGAAAGCAAUAACUAAAAAGAAAAAAAGUUAUAAAACUAAAUCUCAUCAUAAUUAAAAACUUCUCAUCAGAAGAUUUCAUAAAGAAAAUGGAUAGGAUGGCCACUAAUUGAGGAAAAAUAUUCACAAAACGUAUAUUCUAACAAAGGACUAAUAACGAAGAUAAAGAACUGCAAUAACUCAAUAAAAAGACAACUCAAAUUUUUAAUGAAAAAAAUUUGUACAGACAUUUCACAAAGGAAAUAUACUAAAUGGCAUAAGCACAUGAAAAAGUGCUUAACAUCAUCAGUCAUCAGGGAAAUGGAAAUAAAAACCACAAUGAGAUUUCAUUACACCCCCCACUAGAAUGGCUAAAAUUAAAAAGACUGACAGCACCAUAUGUUGGCUAUGGAACAACUGGAACUCUUCAACAUUGUUGAUGGUACAAACAGUACAGUCACUUUGGAAAAAAGAUCUGGUAGUUUCUUAUAAGAAAUAUAUUUAUGUGUGUGUGUGCGCGUAUAUAGCUCUCCUGUCACCCAACAAGGAAAUCCUGGUGGCAUAGUGGUUAAGAGUUCAGUUGCUAACCAAAAGGUUGGCAUUUUGAAUCUACCAGGCACUCCUUGGAACCCCUACGGGGCAGAUCUGCUCUGUCCUAUAGGGUCGCUAUGAGUCAGAAUCGACUCAACAGCAAUGGUUGUUUGUUUUUUUUUUUCCUGUUUUGUCACCCAACAAUUCCACUCCUAGGUAUUUAUCCAAGAGAAAUAAAAACAUAUGUCCACAAAAAGACUUCUAUGUAAAUAUUCAUAGCAGCUUUUAUUCAUAAUAGCCAAAAACUGGAAACAGCCCAGGUGUCUAUCACUGGAAUGGACAAACUCUGUUAUAUUCAUACAAGAAAAUACUUCUCAGCAAUAAAAAGGAACAAAUUAUUAAUGCAUGCAACAACACUGGAUGAAUCUCCAAAACAUUACACUGAGUUGUAAAAGCCUUACACAAAGUAAAAAUUGUAUGAUACCUUUUAUAUGAAAUUCUAGAACAGGAAGAAUUAAUUCAAGAUGAAAAAACCAAGACACUGGUUAUCUCUAGGGGGUGGAUGUGGGGACUGAAUAGGAAGAAGCAUGAGGGAACCUUCUGGGUUGAUGGUGAUGUUUUAUAUUGUGACAGGGAUUUGAGUAAUACAUUAAAAAUAUGGAAACACAUAUUGACCCUAGUUAUUGAUAGGUGUGUGCAUGUGUUUAGAAAGAAGUACACUGAUGUCAGUAAUUUACUUUAAAAUGCACCAAAACUAGAAUGGGUAAAAGGAUAACAACAGGGAUGGAUAGAUGGAUAGCUAUAAAGCAAGUCCAAUAAAAUGUUAAUGGUGAAAUCUAGAUGGUAGGUAUGUAGGCUUACACUAUAGAAAUUCUUUCCACUUUGCUGUAAGUUUGAAGAUCUUCGUAAUAAAAUGUUGGGGGCAGUAGUUUUAAAUAAAUAGAAUUUAAGUAGUUAAAAUCCUAACAUAAGCCUACACUAUGACCAGAUUUGCACCCUUUCACACAUAUAAAGAAAAAUGGAGAAAGGUAAAACAAUUAAAACAGGUAAGGAAACAGGUAAAAUUAAAUAGCAAACCAAACCGGGCCCCAGGCAGGGCUUCCCACCCUACUUUAAUGAUCCCUCCUGAAAUCCAGUCUUUCAUUCUUUUUGGCACUCUUAUCCCUCUUUGCUAAUGAAGAUUUAAAUAAUACAAAGAAUAGUGAAUAUAAGACUUCUCAGCCAUUUUGUACCAGGCUUCUUUAAACUACCUGGUAAUACCACAUUAAUAAAAUAUUUCAAAAGAACUACAGUACUGACUACAUCAGCUUGCAGCAACUAUAAUUUCUAUGCAGCCCCAUUAGUAUUUCUGUCAAAUCAUUCAUUCCUUAAAAAAAAAAAAACUGUUGAGCAUCUAUUAUGUGCUCUGUUCUUAAGGAGGUUACAAUCUGGUGUGGGAGGCAGAGCAAUAAGCCAUUACAGUGUAUGGUAUGGUAAAAGACAGAUAUUAACUUUCAACAGAUCUUUAAGGAGGCAUGAUUUCUGCUCUUUUAUAGAUGAGAUGAUAGCUUAAAAUACUGUAGGUAACUUGCUUCUAACCACAGUUAAUGGAGAACCCAGAAUUUGAAUCCACACAAUCUAACUCCAGAGCCUAUACUCUUAACCAUGAUAUCCUUCUUAACUGUAUUUUUGUAAACAUUGUAGAACCUUCAACUUGAGUCACAACAGUAUCUAGAGCUAAUAUUUCCCACUUUGGCUUACCUUGUUAAGUCCAAACCAGAACUAAAAAAUAUCUUUAGUCAUAUUAAGACACUUAAGGACUACAGCCUCAUAUAACUUGUUCCAGUUCCAGGGCAAGUUGUAACAAGCAGACAGAUAGCUGCAUGAAUAGGUUGCUGUCAACAAAAACUCCAGACCAAAUAGGAAUUCCCACCCUAAGGAUAUCCUCUCCCCAUCACCUACUGCAAACCUUCCAGAUCACCCGUCUGAUCCAUCACCCACCCUAACUGAGGAAAACACUGACCAAAGCAGCAGUCUGCUCAAUCAUCUGGCCCAACUGAGGAGCGACGCUGACUGUUGAGAUCCUUUUCAUUCUUAGGAUUGUCAGCAAAAACUCAAUUCCCAACUGCAGAGCCCAGAAGAGCAACCCGCAACUCAUCUCCAUCUAGCUCCUCAAAACCGCGUGAUGCAGUGCUCUCCAUGAGGAUGGCUGUGAUGCUCUAAGCAGAGGUUCUAAGACCUAGGACACCAAAAAGAUGGGGCUCUGACAGUUAUGAAGCAUUAGCUAGAUGCAGGUGCUUUUAGUGAGCUGCCUUAAUGUGAAUACAGGCCACACCAGGGCAUCCUAAGCCAGCCCUCUUCUCUGCAUGCACUCUAGCUCCCCACCACACCACACACAUUUUUAAAGCUACCAUUAAAAAAUAAAAUUUGCAUGCUGUGUCACAUGCCAUCACACAUCCCAUUUAAAUCACUUAAACGACACCUAAGAUCCUCUCAGAUCUAGCCAAAACGACUAAUUUCAGACCUGGAUGCAGGUAAGGCUGCCUGUGUCCAGUUCAUCUGUGUUCAGUUCAUAGCAUCACCCCAGGUUCAGGUACACAGGCUGCUGCCUGGACAAAAUCACACAGCCAACAGUCUUAUGCUGGAAGCGGUCCCAGACUGGCCAUGAACUGGUGGCUGCCUGGGACCAGGCGGUCACCUUCUCUCAGGUCUCUUCUGUCCCUGCUGAAGAAAAUCACAAAAGACCUCCAAGCUGCUUGAGUUAAAGUCUCUAUUUAUUUUUUUUUUUU